UAAAUCCAAAUCCAAAUAAAAAAUGGCGACCGGUGGAGGAAAAGUUUCGUUCAAAGUCACUCUUACUUCCGAUCCAAAAUUGCCAUUCAAAGUUUUUAGUGUUCCGGAAGCUGCUCCGUUUACGGCUGUUCUCAAAUUUGCUGCAGAGGAAUUCAAAGUGCCUCCACAAACUAGUGCCAUUAUCACUAAUGAUGGAGUGGGGAUUAAUCCUCAACAAAGUGCUGGUAAUGUCUUUCUUAAACAUGGCUCUGAACUGCGACUGAUUCCUCGCGAUAGGGUUGGUGCUCGCUGGAUGUCAAACUGAGUAUAUAUGCCCGUGUAUUUACAUAGGCUUCUUUGCCCUGUUGAGUAGCACUUUAUGUUGAUAUGUGCUGCAACUUUCGAUGUUGUAAUAUCGAGUAUAGUUGAAUGUCAAACGAAAUGAAUACUGCUUUUCCGCCAUGGACUAAUAAAUAUAUUUUGGAUUA